CAAGAGUCUACUAACAUCAAUAGGAGGAUAAGGACUUCUCCAUCACAGAUACAUAAAUAGAGUCCAUCAUCAAGAAACCCGUCAUUGGAAAACUUCGAGGAAUACAAGCAAACAAAAAACUUGUGGACGACACUGCGUGAAAAACGGAACCUCGAACCUGGAAUCACCAGACAAAUAGAUACUGCGGAGGCUGUUUGUUUGCACCUAUAUUAUAAAACAAAAUAAAGAGAACGCUGUCAACAUAUUGGCCAUCGUUGCAAGAACACAUAGGCUGGAAAAGCAUGAGCUCGUUCCAGAGUGCGACCACCCGACAAGGCCUGCAUCGACGAAACAUGAACUCUGAAACCCCGCAAUCCGAAUUCAUCCAACGAUUACGGCGGUCGCCUCCCUCAGAAUCUUCCUCCUCCACCCCCUCCUCCUCCACCACCACCUCCUCAACAACAACAACAUCGAACACGAGCGGAAAGAAGAAAAAGACAGCGCCGAGUGCCUCUGAUUUUUAUGUACCCUCCUUGCCGGGCCAGCCGAAGGAUUCGCAGCUGAUUCUGUAUGCAGGCCAUCUGUCCUUCUCGCCGCCGGACACGACGAUCGAGCCGGAGAAAGACUCGUACGGAUUCUUCUUCCUGAACAAGGCGCGACACAUUGCCAACCGACCGGUGCUGUUAGUAUGGCUGAAUGGCGGCCCGGGAUGCUCGUCCUUUGACGGCUCCUUGAUGGAGGUCGGCCCGCUCAGGAUGGUCCUCAAGGGCGACGGCACUCUCAAAGAGGUCGACGCCGCUUGGAACGAAUACGCUAAUAUGCUCUUCAUCGAUCAGCCUACCGGAACCGGUUACUCUUAUGGCCCUAAACCUAACUACGUCCACGAACUCGACGUCAGCUCCGCUAACUUGGUCAACCUUCUCGCUAGGUUCUUCAAGAUCUUCCCCGAGUAUCAGCAGAUGGAUCUGUAUAUUUGCGGCGAAAGCUUCGCGGGUCAAUACAUCCCAUAUCUCGCCCAAGCAAUAUUAGACACCAACAUCAUCAGUGCGCCGCUCAAAGGGAUCAUGAUAGGCAACGGCUGGAUCGAUCCGAUCAACCAAUAUCUAGCGUAUCCCGAGUUCGCAUUCAAGGUUGGUCUCGUCAACCCGUCUUCCAAAGCCGCCGACCUGGUCAACGAAGAGCUCAAGAAAUGCACCGAAUGGAUCGACUCUAAUUCUACGACGCCGAUCCACAUCGAGGCGUGUGAAGGCAUCCUGAGCGCUAUCACUGACUCCACCGUCCAAACGGUGAAUUCGCAAAAAAUGUGUCUCAACAUGUAUGAUGUGAGAUUAGUGGACAGUUACCCAGCAUGCGGCCUAACCUGGCCGCCAGAUCUCGCGGACAUCACCCCCUAUCUCUCGAGGACAGACGUCAAACAAGCCUUGCAUGCCCAGGACCAUGCCGCCGAUUGGGUCGAAUGCGAGGCUAAGGUCGGCAAUAACUUCUGGGCUAAAACUUCGCAGCCUUCGGUCACUCUGUUCCCUAAACUGUUGGAUAAAAUUAAAAUCUUGCUGUUCUCCGGUGAUCAAGACUUGAUUUGUUGUCAUACUGGGACCGAACGAAUGAUCGAUCAUUUGACAUGGGCAGGUCAUCAAGGAUGGACGUCCCAAGCCAUCAAUCAACCUUGGAAGGUCAAUGGGAGCUAUGCUGGUCUCUGGAAGGAAGAACGAAACUUGACAUACGUUCUCGUCGCAAAUGCGUCUCAUAUGGCCCCGUACGAUGUGCCAUAUGUGACUCAAGAUAUGCUGGUGCGAUUUCUGGGGAUCGAUGUGAUGACAGCGGCGGGACCGGCGGCGCAGAUCACGAGUCGGAUCGGAGAGGAGACGGCGACGAAGGUGAACCGGGUGGUGAUGAACGAGACGAAGCUAGGGCAGGAAGGGAGCGGGACGACGGGGCUUGCGAUGACGAGCGGGCCGGUGCAUGACGAGAACUACUACAACGCCUCCUCGGCCAUGCUCUUCCUCACCCUCGUCGGCCUCGUCGUCGGCCUCAUCUUCUUCGUCCGAAGACGCUUGCGACGCGACGGCCAUGGCGACUUUGCUCAUCAUCCCUCAGAUGAAACUGAAAUCAUCCUCAAAAAUCACCAUCAUCAUCAUCUUUCCCCCGAUUCGUCGCUGCCUCGCUCCGCUCGUGACCGCCAGUUUCAGCCCGUUCCUACGGACGACUUGGAUGACCAUCACCUCCAUCCUAAUCUUCCUUCCAAUAACACUUCGUAUCAGGACUUACCUCGCUAGACCUCCUCCCCCCCCCUUUUUUCGCUUUUUUUCUCCGGUUCUUUGCCCCCCAUUUCGCUUCAAGAAUCCCUUUUACACUUCUUCCAUCUCGAUAAACUGAAGCCUAUCAUCUUAUGGUUGUUUAGAAUUUAAAUAUAUAUACAGUUGUUGCCUCUUUUUUUCCAUUUUAUAGAUUUAUUCUUACAUAUAUUAUGUAUCAUUCAUCAAUGUAUAUAUAUACAUCAUAUAUACACUUAUACACUUAUAUUUGAAAAAAGGACCUCCUAGAAUUUGAGUUUCUAUUUCCAACUUGACCAUCUAUUCUAUUCUUGUGUACACCAUAAUCCUUGAGUUUUCACAUAUAUCUUACUAUAACUUUCUUUGAAUAUUUCUUCCUUAAUUUUUUUCUCUCUCUCAGCUUUUCUUACUUGUCCUUUUUUUUUGAUUGAUUGGUGGUUGUUGUGAUUUUUUUUUUCUUGUGUUGAC